GGUGGCGGCCCGUGCCUUCCCGUGCCCUCUGGCAAGGGACACAAAUAAUAGAAGUAAAGAGGUAGUUGUAUUCUUGGGUAUAUACCUUUAUCCAUACUAAAAACUGACCAAGGAAGAAACCAGUUAUUUAUGAAGAGGCUGUGAUUUUCAACAUAGGAUACAUUACCAUGUCGUGCAACACCUGAUCCCCUGUGCUUGCAGCUUUGGAGGCGUACACCCCUGUCGGGGAAAUUGCGUCCAGCUACAUUGGGAUGGCUCAGCUGAACCUCAAAAUCCUCACGACUUCGACAUGCUUCCCGUUCAUCCGCCUAGGAAAGGCAGUACGCUAUAAAUUCCGGUUCUUGGUGGCCCAUAGAGACCACAGCGGCCAGCACCACCUAUUAGUAUGGCCCAGACGACGACGACCCAAGCUCAGGAAAACGGAAACACCCCAGGUCGUCCGCCACUAUUCGUUAUUUGAGUGAGAGUGUGGAAUAUCUUAUUGUUCCUCAGCCGCGCCAUGAGGAUGGUGGGGGCAGAACCACCUGAGAUGUCUGGUGCGCUGCAAGAAAAUGCUUCAAUGUCUAGAUCCAGUAGGGAGGCUAGCGAAAACUUCACAGGCUAUCAUAGUGAUUCGGAUUCCGAUGGAGACGAGUCUAUGUCUGUAUACAGACAAAAGGCGGGGGCCGCGGGCCGACGGAAACAAUCUUUCUUCAUUGUGUCAGAUCGCAGGAAACAUGAAGAAGAUCGUUGGGGACCCCUUGAAAGGAUUGAAAUCAGGCCGAUCCUGAAAGCCUCUACUUUCAAGAUAUUAAAGCCAAGAAGGAAACGAACAAAAUCAGUGCAUCAAUAUGUUAUAGAUGCAAUACGACGAAAUGACGUUAAUGGAUCAAUUUUGGAUCUCCCGGAAGCUAAUAUCCCACUCCCAGAGUCCGACUCUGAGAGUUUAAGCGGGGAUGAAAGUGGACUAUCACAUCCACGGAACAUCAAAUGGUCAGAUAGGUCAUCUCUAGACGCCAUUAUUGGAGAGGGAAAUAUAUCUCGUGAUUCCAAGGCUCGCCCGACUAUGGAGCCUGCCCUUCGCCAUUUUAAGUAUUCGGAUAUGAUAAUCCGCGCGUCUCAAGUCUUCAGACACUUUCAUAAGGUCCUCGACGCUGUACCGUCACGCAACAAUAAUAUCGCAAAUAUAACAUCUAUUGACUUUUCCGAAAAUUUCCGAUAUUCCCAAACUGAGUUUAUUGUUGGUAGCAACGAUAGCCACAAUAUACGUACGCUUGGGGCAAUUGGCCAGAUUCCAGAGAACGUCAGACAGAGGCUACUCAUAGUACCGGAUUUAGCGCCACAGAUUAUUAACCUUCUUGGAAACCUCUUUGGACUCAGCCCGGAAGUUUUUGAGGAGCACCUAAUAAAUUCAGGAUACGAGGGAGCGAACUAUGAUGAUGAACCUGCACACACCUGGUCUACAGCAAAGAUGAAAAAAUCACACGCCUCUAUUAAGUGGUAUCGACCCGUAGAGAGACGUCCCGUAGCUCCGUACUCUACUCGGGACCGGGAGAUUCUCCUUGAUCCGACACAGGGUCGCUUGAAGCGCAGCGGAGACUAUGACAGAGAUUUCCUUGUAUACCAAACCCAGUCUAAUAUAUUUCGGUCUGAGUGGGAGAUGUGGACUGACCCAAAGAUAACCACUGAAGAAGAGAGGAUCUGUGGAUGGGAAGAGAGAGCUACUGUCUGGAGCCAAAAGCUUGAUGGCAGAGAUUGUUAUGUUGUGAUCCUAAUCCUUGAUCCACUGCCAGUCAUAGAAGAAGGAGCUGAGCGAGUCGUAGAAGCAGCGCGAGUCUAUCGCCCGGAUAAAGACGACUCUGACUCUGAUGAUUCUUUUGUUGAUCCUGCGGAAGACGCCGAACAUUUGUGGAAGCUAGCUGAAAAACUUCGAACUCAACGUGCUUCUCAAAAACGUACUACACAGCUACGGAAAAUGUUGAACCCAAAUGGUAAGGAUAAAAAGCAAGACGAUGAGGCCGCCUCUGUACUGAGUCAGACGUUUGAGAAGGUGACGUUGAAAGUGCUAAGCCUAGUCACUGUACAUCCGGUGUUCCGACAGAUUGUCCCGCGAGCGCACAUAGAAGUUGGUAUCGAUGAAGCGUUUCGCUCGGCACCACUUUUGGAUAAGCUAGGCCGUCAGCUGUUUAAUACCACGUCUACGAAGGACGAGUUCUGCCAAUGGCUAGAUUCAAUGCCGUAUCCGAGAAGAGGCGACCAUCAUUUUGCAUUAAUUACGCCACUAUAUCACAUCAUACAGCAAGAUUCGACAAACCUACUAAGUCACUUGCACAAGACUCUUGACGAGAUCAACGUCGAUAUGCUAAGCGAUGCGAAGAUGGAGGAUCGAGUAGUUAUGUGGCGUCAGAUUAUAGCUAGGGCCCAGCUUGAAUUGCCAGGACUCAAACGCUCUAUAACUACAUUCUUCACGUUCACCCAAUUACUCGAUGUGAGAGGGGGGUCUGACGUUCAGGACCAGUUUAAAGAACUAUCAACUGAGAUUGACGAUAUGAUCCAAAGACUUCAAAUAGCGUCCUCGUCACUAACCUCAAAUAUGGCCUUGCUCGAUAGCCGACGAUCUAUUGCCGAAGCUCAGGCCAUUACAAAAUUAACGGAGCUAGCCUUCUUCUUCAUCCCCUUAUCAUUUACCGCCACCUUGUUCGGGAUGCAAGUCGAGCAACUGGCCGCCCCAGCGCCGAUUUGGAUCUUUUUUGUCUUGGGGAUUGGGUUUAUCUCUCUCUCGUAUCUUGUUCGACUCGCCAUUAGGAGCGCCUGGCUACAUCGGUUGAUCAAGGAUUACAAAGAGAGCAUUGCGAUGUACGCCCAGAACAAGCGCCAGCCCCUCAAACAAGGAAACGUACCAGCAUCCAUGUUCGUGCGAUGGGUGGGAUAUGUGGUAGCCCAUGGGCUAGUUGCCAAUCACAGAGCAAUGGUUGCGUGGAUCAGUUCGUCACGUCCUGGUAAGGUUAUCACUGCUGCUAGUCUUGUUUCUUUGGUUGCAGUGCCUCUCGCCGUUAUAUGGACAAAGCCCUUGGCACCGGGUAUAAGGGCAGCUAUAACUGCGGUUAUCGUGUUGCUUGUCGUAACUGUGGUCGUAUUCAAUGUUAUGCGGAGGCUUGUGUAUGGAGCGGGGAGCAUAUAUUUUACCUCUUCUUAUGGCUCGGACUCGGAUUCAGAUUCGGGUUCAAUUUAGGUCUACGGAGAAGAAAUGCCAAAUCAAGC